CUUCGUUUGGCAGCGCCCACGCAUGAGAAAGUUCCCAGGCCGGGGAUCGAACCCCUUUGUGUCAUUAAUUUUCGCUUAGGCACCGGCUACUAAUGGCCAGCCACAACAAAGAUGGCGGCAGCGGCUUCACACCGCCAAAGCGGCGCCGUUCGUCAACGAGCGCGAAGUAUCACUUAGUUCCGGCCUGCCCUUUUGACCUCACUUCCGGCCCCGGCAGGCCCUAUGCGCCCCUAGGCGUGUGAAUGUACUGCCGUAGGUGUGUGGACUCUGAUUAGAGAGUCUGGUGGAAGGAAUCCGAAAGAAUGUGGGGCAGGCAGCAUGGAAAAGGAAGGAGGGAAGCCCGCGUCUGUUGUCGCAGUUGUGACUGAACCUCGGUUUACCCAGCGGUACAGGGAGUAUCUCGAGAAGCAAAAACUCCUGGAUAGACAGCACCGUGUGGAAAAGAUGCCUGAUGGUACCGUGGCGCUACCGGUGCUGGGAGAGGCCCUCUCUGAGCAGCACCUGCGAGAGCUGAGGGAUCGUGUGGCUCCAGGCAGCACCUGUGUGCUAACGCAGCUCCUGCAUCCGGUUCCUUCAAAGAAAACCCAGGGUUGUUCACCUGCCCAAAGGUUGUGUCUUGAGGUGAGUCGCUGGGCAGAGAGCCGCGGAGUUACGUGGUCAGCGGAGUUGGAGGCUGAUCUGCCCCGAUCUUGGCAGCGACACGGUGACCUCUUGUUGCUGAGUGAGGGCUGUUUCCAAGCCAAGCAAUGGAGAAAUCUGGAACCAGAACUCUGGGAGACUAUUGCCUCGGCACUUGGAGUCCGGCGUUUGGCCAAACGAGGGCGGAUAUCACCCGAUGGCACUAGAACUCCAGCUGUGAGUCUGCUGCUGGGCGACCAUGGCUGGGUAGAGCAUGUGGAUAAUGGGAUCCGGUAUAAGUUUGACGUAACCCAAUGCAUGUUCUCCUUCGGAAACAUCACCGAGAAGCUUCGUGUGGCAUCGCUGCCCUGUGCUGGAGAGGUGCUGGUGGAUCUCUAUGCGGGGAUUGGUUAUUUUACCUUGCCUUUCCUAGUUCAUGCUGGUGCUGCCUUCGUCCAUGCCUGUGAGUGGAACCCCCAUGCUGUAGUUGCGCUGAGAAAUAACCUUGAGCUCAAUGGAGUAGCAGAUCGGUGCCAAAUACACUUUGGGGAUAACAGAAAACUGAGGCUCUCAAACAUCGCAGACAGGGUGAACCUGGGGCUGAUUCCCAGCUCUGAAGAAGGCUGGCCUAUUGCCUGCCAAGUGCUAAGACAGGAUGCUGGAGGCAUUUUGCAUAUUCACCAAAAUGUGGAGUCUUUCCCGGGGAAGAAGCUGCAGCCUACUGGAAGCAGUGAAACGGAAAAGGAGUAUCGGCCUUCUCUUCAGCAAAUUAUCACCAACCAGUUGAAAAAUGGAGCUGCUAGUGAUUCUAGGAGAGAAAUGCAAUCAGCGGCCAUCAAGCCAGAGUGGCAAAGGUGGGCGGAAGCUGCAGAAACUCGCCUUGCCACACUUCUUUGGCAGGUGCACGGGAAGCCAUGGAAAACACAAAUCCUGCACAUCCAGCUAGUGAAAUCCUAUGCUCCCCACGUGGAUCACAUAGUCCUGGAUCUGGAAUGCCGCCCCUGUCCUCUGGUUGGCUAGAGAAGUUGGAUCCUGAGCCAGGAGGAUCUACAUGUAUACUUGUAUCCAGUAUUGUUCUGAUCUUGUCACAGCGAUCACUUUUCAAAUUUUACAUGUACAGCUCAGCCUUUCUAUUAGCUGCGACUUCAGUGUUGGUAAAUUAUUAUGCUGCUUUGCACAUUGACUUCUAUGGUGCCUACAACACGUCAGCUUUUGGAAUUGAGCUGCUGCCUCGAAAAGGACCCUCACUAUGGAUGGCACUCAUCGUUCUACAGCUAACAUUUGGAAUCGGAUACAUUACACUACUCCAAAUUCAUUCCGUCUAUUCACAGUUAAUUAUUCUGGAUCUCUUGGUUCCUGUAAUAGGCUUAAUCACAGAGCUACCAUUACAUAUCCGAGAGACUUUAGUUUUUACUUCUUCCUUGAUUCUCACAUUAAAUACAGUGCUUGUCUUGGCUGUGAAACUUAAGUGGUUUUAUUAUUCCACAAGAUACGUUUAUCUCUUAGUGAGGCACAUGUACCGAAUUUAUGGAUUACAGUUACUAAUGGAGGACACGUGGAAGAGGAUUCGCUUCCCAGAUGUCCUGCGAGUCUUUUGGCUAACCAGAAUUACAGCUCAGGCGACAGUAUUAAUGUACAUUUUAAGGAUGGCAAAUGAAACUGAGUCCUUCUUUAUUUCUUGGGAUGAUUUCUGGGACCUCAUUUGCAAUCUUAUAAUUAGUGGAUGUGAUUCUACACUCACUGUACUGGGCAUGAGUGCUGUAAUUUCCUCAAUAGCCCAUUAUUUGGGCCUUGGAAUAUUGGCCUUUAUUGGCUCAACUGAAGAAGAUGACAGGCGGCUUGGCUUUGUGGCACCUGUUUUAUUUUUUAUUUUGGCUCUUCAGACUGGUUUAAGUGGGCUAAGACCGGAAGAGAGACUUAUUCGCUUAAGUAGAAACAUGUGCCUUUUAUUAACUGCAGUCCUGCAUUUCAUCCAUGGAAUGACAGACCCUGUAUUAAUGUCUCUCAGUGCCUCUCAUGUGUCAUCUUUUCGUAGACAUUUUCCUGUGCUCUUUGUUUCUGCUUGCCUGUUUAUUCUGCCUGUUUUACUCAGUUAUGUUCUUUGGCAUCACUAUGCACUAAAUACAUGGUUGUUUGCAGUUACAGCCUUUUGUGUGGAACUCUGCUUAAAAGUAAUUGUUUCCCUCACUGUUUAUACGUUAUUCAUGAUUGAUGGCUACUAUAAUGUCCUCUGGGAAAAGCUGGAUGAUUAUGUCUACUACGUUCGUUCAACAGGCAAUAUUAUUGAAUUUAUAUUCGGAGUAGUAAUGUUUGGAAAUGGGGCUUAUACUAUGAUGUUUGAAUCAGGAAGUAAGAUUCGGGCUUGUAUGAUGUGCUUACAUGCAUAUUUUAAUAUCUACUUACAAGCAAAAAAUGGCUGGAAGACAUUCAUGAAUCGGAGAACUGCUGUAAAGAAAAUCAAUUCACUUCCUGAACUAAAAGGGAGCCGCCUACAAGAAAUAGAUGAUGUUUGUGCAAUCUGCUAUCAUGAGUUUACCACAUCUGCUCGCAUCACACCCUGUAAUCAUUACUUCCAUGCACUUUGCCUUCGGAAAUGGUUGUACAUUCAAGAUACUUGUCCAAUGUGCCAUCAAAAAGUGUACAUCGAAGAUGAUGUCAAGGAUAAUUCAAAUAUAUCUAAUAUCAAUGGAUUUAUUGCACCCAAUGAAAAUCCAGAGGAAGCUGUAGGAGAAGCUGCUGCUGAACCUGACAGGGAAUUGAACGAAGAUGACAGUACGGAUUGUGACGAUGAUGCUCAGAGAGAAAGAAAUGGCGUGAUUCAGCACACAGGCACAGCGACUGAAGAACUGAUUAAUGAUGAUACUGAUUAAAAUAGCAUUUACUAAUCAUUGAGGUAUUUGUUUAAAAUUCAGUUCAUCCAAAAUGGAGUAAUAUGCUUCACUUCAGUGUGUAACUAAGCACAAAAACAGUAUCAAUGUUGAAUCUGUGAAUGGUUUUCCGUUUACUGUGAUGUGCUACUGUAAAUAUACCUCUUUAAUUACUUCUGGUCUCUUUGGUGACCUAUUUAAAUUUGUGUACAUUAUUGUACAUAGAAUAAAAUGUUUUCACGUUUUUAUGACAAAUUUGAACAAAUAGCUUUUUAAUAGAUGUAAUGAAUAUGGUGCGUCAACUGUGCCAAAGAUUCCUCAAUGAAAGAUAUAAUGUAUCUAAUUCUGAACCCUAGUUUUUCUUUAAAAUGGGUGGAAGAGAAUGAAAAUGGAAAUUGGAGGUAAUCAAGGAAAUAAAAUAAUUUGGACCAGAGGACAAAUGCUGUAUGUAGAGUAUUUCAAAAUUAAGGGAAAAAAAUAGGCUGCCAGAAGUGAUUUAGACACUUUUUUGAAGUUUGAGAGUCGGUUUGAAAGUUGAGCUGGGUUUGAAAGUCAUGAUUCAGAGAUUGUGUGAGAGUUGAAAAACAGGCUUAUUGAAAAAUAGGCUUAUAUCAACUAAACUUUGGUAGAAGCCAGAAUGUGUUUUAAUUUUGAUGUAAAAACCGUUAUAGAUCUGUUAGCCAUUCUGUGUUUGCAGCAUUGACAUUUUAAUUGUCCUUUCAAACUUCUGAAGAGAUUACAAAAUGAAAUUCUUGGGGGUUUUCAUUGUUUUAAACUAAGACAUUAAGUGACUAAAAAAUUCUGAUCAGACUUCAUGGUGGUAUGCAGUGAUACAGCACCUCUUUAGACAGCUUCCAGAGAACUCCUUUAUUGAAACAUUUUAAGUUUUACCAAGAAAUUUUACAUACGUGAUGGAAAACUGGGGGAGACAUGCCAAUUAUAUAUCAGGAAAAAAGAUUUUAAUGGUGUUGUUAUAUAGGGUAUUGGCUAGUUCCAGCGGAUCUUCAUCCCUUACUGCUGACAUUAUCUCCAGUAUUUGACUAAAAGAAAGCAAAAAUGGAUGGUUAAAUUUCUAAGCACAUGUUCUGUUUUAAAGACAUUUAAUUCUCUUUUUCCACAUAGAGGAAGAUACUGUCUUAGACCUUUAACUUACUUACAGGUAUUAUCAUAUGCUUUUUGAGAAACCUCAUACUGUUUUCCAUCGUGGCUGUACCAAUUUACACUCCCAUCCAUUGAUGAUGCUGAAAACUUUUUAAACUGCUAGGAUAUUUAAAACAGAGCAAUCAGAGACAAAUUUGAGAGUCUUGCAUAUAAACUAGAGCCAGGAACCAGGAUGAAAUGAAUUCUAAAACCAGCUCAUAUGUGUACCAUAAUUAUGGAAUUAACCAGUGGAAACGAGGAGUCCUUUUAAACUGUGGGUCAUUACGUGUUCGUGGGUCAUGAUGCGCUUUUAAAAAAAUAAAAGGAAAAGCACACUG